UAACGUGCUAAAAUUGUCGAAGAUAGAGACUCGUGCCAUCGGUGACAGUUUUUAGGUUAAGAAAACAAUCAUCGUCAAUAAUAUACUGAUAAAUAGUUUAAAACUUCAAAACUAUGUGGAGUAUUCUGCGAAAGACUGUAAUCCGGAGUUUUGAGAACACAUGUGCGGAAUUCAAAGAAGCACAACGUUUUGCUGGUCACAGUAAAUGGGCCAACAUAAAACAUAUUAAAGCUGAAAAGGAUAAGGAGAAAUCUGCUCUUUUUGCCAAAUUAACACGACAAAUGAGAGUUGCGAUAACCGAGGAAAGAAGCUGCAAACCAGCAGACAAUACGCGAUUAGCUCAAGUAAUCGAAGUGGCAAAAAAAAAAAGUAUGCCAGUAGCAACGAUAAACGCAGUGUUAGAGAAAGCUGCUAAGAGUGUCACAGCCACCGAAUUAGCAAAGAUAGAUGUACGAGGACCAGGAGGAUGUAUUCUAAUUGUCGAACUACUCACAGACAACGUCAGAGGAACAAAACAGAAGAUGAAUAUCCCAUUCAAGAAAUUUAGAUGCACCGUUCUGGAUCAAUCUUCCCGUCAUGUUUUUGACCACAAAGGUUUUGUGGUUACAGAAUUAAAGGGCGAUUUAGAUUCUGCGACAGAAGACGCAAUAGCAGUGGGUGCCGAAGAUGUUCAAGAGAUCGAAGUGGACGGUACUAAAUGCCUUCAGUUCAUAUCCGAUGGCAGAAGUUGUGCAAAAGUAGCGAAUCAACUGAGCAGCAAGAGUUAUAAAGUUCUUUCGAUGGAGGACAAAUAUUUACCUAAAAUAUUCGCAAACCUGAAUGACGAAGAUAUCGAGAAAACUGAAAAGCUAAUUGAGAAACUCGAAGCUUUUGAAGAAUUUGUCAGAAUUCACGAUAACAUCGCCUAGAAAAUGUAAAUUAUUACACAUCGCGAAGCGUGGAGCAUUCGCAUUGUUCAGUGGUAAUUAAAUAAUUACCACCAAACGCAUCAACUUUAUCAAAAUUAUGAUGACAAUUGUUUAUUUCACGUUCAUUGGAAAAUGCUUAUUCACAAACGGUGAAUGCGAAGAAAAGGAAAAAUUCCCGUUCUAAAUUUGGGCUUGAAACCAAAAAAUUUCUAAAUUUGUUGGGAUCAUUUUUACGGGAGAGUUGAAAAAAAUAAAUAUUCUACAAGAUUUUCUUUAAA